CGUAAACGAAUUGUAAAUAUAGUAAAAGAAAACAUGAAAAUAAGAUAUAUGUGACAUAUACGUUGGAAAAUCUGUGGAAAUUACAUGCGAAAAUUUAAUUUAAUUUAGAGACGGAAAACAUUGCGUAUAAUCUUGAAAUCUUCGUGCAACCAAGCGUAUUAAAUGAUAAUCUUCGCCCGAGCAAAAUGCAAUUUUAGUUUAAUGAUGUAAAUUUUGUUUAGUAACGACUCUUGCUUUACGAAAUCCAGACGUUAAUUAAAUCUUGGAAGUGUUCUUUAAGCAAAUUUACAGCUUGAAAAAAAUAUGGAAAACGAAAAUGAACUUUCUCCGAAUACUACGAGAAGAGAAUCCACUCAAGAUGAAAUAAAGAAGUUCAAAGAGAACCUUCUUCAAUCUGUAUCUUCCGCAAACACCAAUUCAACAAUUUCAAACGAAUCAGAAUUGCUUGUGCCUCCUCCACCUCGCUCCCGGUCUGCAUCCAGAGCUAGAGAAGCUCUGUGCAUUCCAGCUAAUGUUAUGGCUGAAUUGGAUGAAAACAAAAUAUUUGAACUAAAGGAGGCUUUUCUUUUAUUUGACCUGAAUGGCGAUGGGUAUAUUGACGAUAACGACUUACGCGGGACUCUGGUCAGUUUGGGCGAUACGGUCGAUGAACAGCUUGUACGAAAUAUGCUCUCAGAGGCUACUCAACCUUUAGAUUUCGACGCCUUCGUGAACCUUCUGGGAUAUAAGACGCUAGAACUUGAUUCUGAAGAAACACUGAAGGCUGCACUGUCACGUUGGGACAAUGAGAAUUCCGGUUAUAUAUCCGAGGAAAGGAUUCGUCAUGACCUAAUGACAUGGGGUGAUCGUUUUACUGAGAAAGAAACUGAUUAUGCAUUAGAUGAAGCACCGACUAUAGAUAAAGGUGGCAAAACAAUGAUUGACUAUGUACAAUUUUGUAGUCAGUUAAGCGGCUUAAGAAAAGCAAAGAAGUAGAUUGAAAGUCAAAAUGAUAGUUUUGCAUUUUAAUAAACACAACGAAUCCACAAGAUGUUCUAUGCUUAAGUAAAAAAAAAAGUCUGAUCAGAUAUCAGUGUUAUUAAGUCGACAUACAUAAAUAUUAUUUAUAUACUGUAAUUUUGUCAACAACAUCAAAGUAAA